AUGCUUGCAAAGAAUGCAACAUAUUUGCUUAAUCUCCACAAAUUAAUAUCUUGCAUAAAAACUUGGAGUACAAAAACUUUUCUAAAUCGAUACUCCGUUUCUUUAAGUCAAUCUUGCUCAAAAUCCACUGGGAAAACUAACAAGCUUGCAAUUUACUGCAACACCCAGAUAACGAAACAUGGCAAGAACGGAAACAUCAAGGAGGCUGAGUCGAUUUUCCAUCGGAUGCCUUUUAAAACUAUUGUUUCUUAUACUGCGAUGCUCUCUGCAUAUGCUCAGAAUGGUCAAAUCUCGAAGGCCCGAGAUAUGUUUGACGAAAUGCCCCAACAAAAUGUUGCCUCGUGGAACGCGAUGAUCACAGCUUAUAUGAGGAAUGGAAAAAGAUGCAACGGAAUUGACGAGGCUUAUAGAUUGUUUUUGAGAAUGCCAGAGAGAAAUGCAGUGUCUUAUGCUGCGAUGAUCACAGGGUUUGUUAACGUGGGCAGGUUUGACGAGGCCAAGAGAUUGUAUAGUGGGAUACCUUCGAAUAGGAGGGACCCGGUUUGUUCAAAUAUUCUGCUAAAUGGGUAUUUGAAAAUUGGGAAUUUGGAGGACGCACUUCAUAUUUUUGAAGGAAUGGUGGAGAAAGAUGUGGUAUCUUGGAGCUCAAUGGUGGAUGGUUAUUGUAAGAAUGGGAGAGUCAGUGAGGCUAGAGAGCUUUUCGAUGUGAUGGAAGAGGAAAGAAAUGAGGUCACUUGGUGUGCUAUGAUUAACGGGUAUUUGAAAAUGGGGUGUUUCAAAGAUGGGUUCAAUUUAUUUCUGCAAAUGAGAAGAGGAGGUGAGGUAGGAUUUGGACCUACACUGAUGACUGCCAUAUUUGAGGCUUGUGGGAGACAUCGGAAGUUUGAAGAAGGUAUUCAACUGCAUGGCUUGAUUUCCCAUAUGGGAUUUGAGUUUGAUGUGUUCUUGGGCAAUUCUAUUAUUACAAUGUACUCGAGGUUCGGUUGUAUGAAUGCAGCUAGAAAUAUGUUUAACACGAUGAAUACAAAAGAUCUUGUUUCCUGGAAUUCUCUUAUUAAUGGUUAUGUUCAAGCUGGCGAACUUGAAGAGGCUUAUCAGCUCUUUGAGAAGAUGGAAGCCAAAGAUUUAGUUUCUUGGACGACAAUGAUCACUGGAUUCUCUAAUAAAGUGGUUGCUAACUGUCUGAAUUUUGUGUUGGUCUGUACCAUGUGA